ACUCUUCUCUCAUCCAAAUUAACUUUCUGGGUCACCGCGCAUUGGAAUGCCAAGCCCAGCAGUUGAAUCAAUAGGUCUAUUUCUAUUGAAUGAUAGCUCUACGUACUUCAAUUUACACCAAUAGUCAUGCUAAGUGGCCUUAGGUUUUGGUUUCCGCUCCAAUGUUCUCUUUGCAUAGGGUAUGCUUUCCCAGGACAAAUGAGUUUCCUAAGAGAACAGCCAAACCAAUCAGAUUUUGGCUGUUCAGAGCAUAACGUGGGACGAAAAUGUGACAGCAAUAACAGAAACAAUAUAUCGAACAAGAACUCCUUGAAUAGUAGCGGGAUACAUCGGAUACAUCGAAAAUGUGCUCUCUAGAUUGCAUUGCCUAUAUAGGGGAUUUCCAAUAUGGUGAACAGGAUCAUUCACAUGACGCUCUGAAUGUUUCACUCGGAUAAAUGGUGAACCCGAAUACU